CUUUCGACAAUGGCACACUGUCAGCUCUAUAUCUUGGCCUUCCUCUUGGCCACUUCAAUGUGGAAAAUUCAGACUAGUAAUGGAUCGUUUCCGUUGAUGCUGAGAUGGUUCUUUCACUGCUCCUCCAAGCAAAUGGUUUCACCUUGUAGGGCUUGCGAGAGAUCCUGUGGACAAAGGGAAGACCUGGAUUGUGCGAAGAAAUGUCGUUAUGGAUGCAUUUGCAAGACUGGUUGGAUUCGCAGAAACAGCGUCUGUAUUCCAACGGCUCAAUGUGAGCAAAGCGACCUUUAAAGUAAGAGAAGCCAACAGGUUUUUCGACUUAAUUACGAAGAUCUAAAACUCAAUUACAACAUUUUCCCCUGGUUGAGCGAAAUCAAAUUUCACAACUCCCGCAGCGUUAAUUGAAGAUUCCUCAAUAAAAGCGAA